UUUUUUUUUCUUAAUGGAAAAGGAAGAUUAUUAUUCUUUCUUGGUUUAGCCUUCUACGCAUGUCUACAAUAUUGUAUUUACUUGACAUGAUAAGUAAGAAUCAACUGCUAGAUAUCAGAUAUCAUACUCCAUAAAAAAAAAGUAUUCCAACAUGCAACAUAUUUUUAAACCAAAGUGGUAGAUUAGUUGUCACGUUUCACGCGGUGAUCAUGCACGGUACAUGAUACUCCGAAGAUUUAGUCAGUGGAGUUAGAACCGAAAAACAUUUAUUUACAACGUGACCAAAUAAAGCACAUGCAAUUCUCCUUUUACAAUUUGGUGAUGAGCCAAAACAGGUUAGGUCAAAUUCUUCUUUUCUUUGCUGUGCCUCCAAGAACUGAUGCCAAAAUUGGAUCAAAUCCUGCCACCAACAGGUUUCUCUUUACAGGUCCCUUCUUGUAACGUGUCGUUUCUAGGUUGAACCUGUUAUCCAGCCAAGCACUAUGGUUUGGGGCCAUUUGUCAUGUUAGACACUGAUGGGUGAUGGCUCACUAAAAUAGUAAGUGGAAUAGUAUAUUCCCACUGAAACAGCUUUGAGCUCUUGACCACCUUCUUUUUAUCCCAUUGAUGCAUUUCAUCAUCUGAUCCCAUUAUACAUCUGGUGAGUGCUCCGGCUUUUCGGCCCCGAUUUCACGGUUAACUCGGUGGAGGUGAAAAUGGGUGGUGUGGCAGUGCCAUGGGGCAAUCUAGUGCACUUUUCUGGUGUUGGUGAAGCUGAGGGCAGCAGAACAGAGUAGAGGGAGUGGAUCAGUGGAAGGGAGUAGCUGGCAGGUCAUGUUAACAGAGGAAAGCAACUUUGGGUGUGUCCAGAUCACAUACCAAUUAAACACAGCGUUUGAAAAUGACAUUAGCCUUUUCCUAUGAUCUUGUAAGGCUAUAAAUUUUUAAUCAAGAAAGAACUGAAUAAACGUUCUAAAUUUUGAGUGUUCCGUUUGUGUGGGCCUGAAGCCCAGUACUUGAACUACUGAAGGGAGGAGUUCAUACUUCAAACAGAGCAGGCAAAGUGAGCCCUGAAAAAGAAAAGAAAAGAAAAGGACAAUUGCACAUCAAUGCAAACACUGAUGAUGUACCUCAAGUUUGCAGAUGCUAAGAAAAGCUCACUUCAACUUUAGGUCUCCUGAACCACAGACAUUCAGGCCAGCACCAAGAACCCAUGUAAUCAACAUCUUCAGAGAUCUGCCAACACCACAUCACCUCGCAAUGAGAGCACAAAUUCUUAUCUGCCUCAUCACACUCCUCUCCCUCUUCCUGGGCUCUACCUGCCAAAUCGGCGUGGAAACACAAGCCCUCCUCCAAUUCAAGGCCGGCCUCAACGACCCCCUGAACCACCUCGCGUCAUGGACGAACGCCACCAUCACCUCGCCAUGCCGCUUCUUCGGCGUCCGGUGCGGCGACGACGGCUCCGGCACGGUCACCGAGAUCUCCCUCUCCAACAUGAACCUCUCCGGCGGCAUCUCGCCGUCGAUCGCCGCCCUGCACGGCCUGACGCGGCUGGAGCUCGACUCCAACUCGCUGUCGGGCCCCGUGCCGGCUGAGCUGGGCCGGUGCACGCGGCUCCGGUUCCUGAACCUGUCGUACAACGCCCUCUCAGGCGAGCUCCCGGACCUGUCGUCGCUGGCGGCGCUCGAGGUCCUCGACGUCGAGAACAACGGCUUCACGGGCCGGUUCCCUGCGUGGGUCGGCAACCUCACCGCCCUCACCACGCUCAGCGUCGGCUUGAACGGCUACGACCAGGGGGAGACGCCGGCGAGCAUCGGCAACCUCAAGAACCUGACCUACCUGUACCUCGCCGAGAGCGGCCUGACGGGGGCGAUGCCAGAGUCCAUCUUCGGGCUCGCCGCGCUGGAGACGCUGGACAUGUCCAUGAACAACCUCGCCGGCGCGAUCCCGGCGGCGAUUGGGAACCUCCGGAACCUGUGGAAGAUCGAGUUGUACAAGAACAAUCUCACCGGCGAGCUCCCGCCGGAGCUCGGGAAGCUGGCGAAACUCCGGGAGAUCGACGUGUCCCGGAACCAGAUCAGCGGCGGGAUCCCGCCGGCGUUCGCGGCGCUGAAGGGCUUCACGGUGAUCCAGCUCUACCACAACAACCUGUCUGGGCCGAUCCCGGAGGAGUGGGGCGAGCUCCGGUCGCUGACAAGCUUCUCCAUCUAUGAGAACCGGUUUUCCGGCGAGUUCCCGGCCAACUUCGGCCGGUUCUCGCCGCUCAACAGCGUGGACAUCUCCGAGAACGGCUUCACCGGGCCGUUCCCGAGGUUCCUCUGCCAUGGCCGGAACCUCCAGUACCUCCUCGCCCUUCAGAACGGCUUCUCCGGCGAGUUCCCGGAGGAGUACUCGUCGUGCACGAGCCUGCAACGGUUCCGGAUCAACAAGAACCAGUUCACCGGCGAUCUGCAGGAGGGGCUGUGGGGGCUCCCGGCGGCGACGAUCAUCGACGUCUCUGACAACGGGUUUACCGGAGCCAUGUCGCCGCUGAUCGCCCAGGCGCAGAGCCUGAACCAGCUGUGGCUGCAGAACAACCGCCUCGCCGGCCCGAUCCCGCCGGAGAUCGGCCGGCUCGGGCAGGUCCAGAAGCUCUACCUGUCCAACAACUCGUUCUCCGGCGGGAUACCGGCGGAGAUCGGGAGGCUCUCGCAGCUGACAGCGCUGCACCUCGAGGAGAACUCGCUCUCCGGCGCGUUGCCGGCGGACAUCGGUGGCUGCGCCAGGCUCGUCGAGAUCGACGUGUCCCGGAACAAGCUGACGGGGCCGGUCCCCGCCUCGCUGUCGCUGCUGACGUCGCUCAACUCGCUGAACCUAUCGCACAACGAGCUCGCCGGGCCGAUCCCGACGAGCCUCCAGGCGCUGAAGCUGAGCUCCGUCGACUUCUCGUCGAACCGGCUGACCGGAGACGUGCCGCCGGGGCUUCGGGUGAUCGCCGGUGACCAGGCGUUCUCCGGGAACCCCGGCCUCUGCGUCGCCGGCGGCAGGUCGGAGCUCGGCGCCUGCAACGUGGACGGCGACCGCAGGGACGGCCUCGCGAAUAAGUCGGCGGUGCUGGUGCCGGUGCUCGUUUCGGCGGCGCUGCUGCUCGUGGCCGGUAUCCUGUUCGUGAGCUAUCGGAGCUUCAAGCUCGAGGAGCUCAGGAAGCGCGGCGACGUAGAGUGCGGCGGCGGCGGGCAGUGGAAGCUGGAGUCGUUCCACCCGCUGGAGCUGGACGCCGACGAGAUCUGCGGCGUCGGGGAGGAGAGCCUGAUCGGGUCCGGCGGCACGGGGCGCGUGUACCGGCUGGAGGUCAAGGGCCGCGGCGGCGGGGUGGUCGCCGUGAAGCGGCUGUGGAAGGGCAACGCGGCGCGGGUGAUGGCGGUGGAGAUGGCCAUCCUCGGCAAGGUCCGGCACCGGAACAUCCUGAAGCUGCACGCAUGCCUGUCCCGCGGCGACCUCCACUUCAUCGUCUACGAGUACAUGCCGCGGGGCAACCUGCACCAGGCGCUUCGGCGAGAGGCGGCCGCCGCCGCCAAGGGCGGCGGCGGCGGCGGGCGGCCAGAGCUGGACUGGCCGCGGCGGCGCAGAGUGGCGCUCGGCGCCGCCAAGGGGCUAAUGUACCUCCACCACGACUGCACGCCGGCCGUCAUCCACCGCGACAUCAAGUCCACCAACAUCCUCCUCGACGACGACUACGAGGCCAAGAUCGCCGACUUCGGCAUCGCCGUCGCCAAGGCCCCCGCCGACGACUCCUCCGACUCCGCCGUGUCCACCUGCUUCGCCGGAACCCACGGCUACCUCGCCCCUGAGCUGGCCUACUCGCUAAAAGUGACGGAGAAGACGGACGUGUACAGCUACGGCGUGGUGCUGCUGGAGCUGGUCACCGGCCGGAGCCCGAUCGACCCGGGGUUCGGCGAGGGCAGGGACAUCGUCUCCUGGCUCUCCGGCAAGCUCGCCACGGAGAGCCUCGACGGUGUGCUGGACCCGCGCGUGGCGGCCGCGGCGACGGCGAGCGAGCGGGAGGACAUGCUCAGGGUGCUCAGGAUCGCCGUGCUCUGCACCGCGAAGCUGCCGGCGGGGAGGCCGACCAUGAGGGACGUGGUUAAGAUGCUCACCGACGCCGCCGGCACGGGGCCAUGCAGCCCGCGCGGCCAGCCGCCGGCAAGGAUCUGCAGCAACAAGAGCUGCCGCUGAAAUUUUUGGAGCAGGCUCUGACUCUUGCCACCCAACAGAGAGUUGCCUCUGCUUCUUCAUUGGACUCGGAUCUGUGAUUUGUAAUGGGUCUGUCUACCUGUAACUCGAGCAUUUUGUGGGGUACCAGCACUCAAGUAUUUUUGUUGGCUAAAACACUCGGUUUGGAGGAAAAAAUCAUGUGCUGGGAGGUGAUCUGUCACACGAUUUUCUAAACCAUCAUAUUAUAAUCAAA